AUGGAAACGCAGGGGCUGCCGGCCGCGGAGGCGGCCCGGGCCCGGCCCGCCGCGCAACAUGGCGGCCCCGCCGCGCCGCCGCCGCCCGGCUGGGACCCGCCGCCCGCCGCCGCCUCCUCCGCCGGCAGCAGCCCCGCGCCGGGCCUCUACGUGAGCUUCCCGGUGCUGCUGCUGGAGGAGAAGCCGGAGCCCGCCGCCAGCCCGGCGCCCAGCGCGCCGCCGGCGGGGCCCGCGCCCGACAGCGACGGGCUCCUGCUCGUCUUCAACGUGGUGCGAGGCGCGGCCGAGCCCGGCGCGGGCGGCGGCGAAGAGGGGCGAGCCCAGCCGGGCCCGCCGCCCGCCGAGCCGCCGGAGGAGGCCCCCGACUCGGCCCCGCCGCCGCAGCCGCCGCCGCCUCCUCCCCCGCCGCCGGCACCGCUGCCCCCCGCGGGCGGCGACGGCGGCGAUGGCGGCGGGGCGGAGGACGGCGCCUUCUCGGGGACCAUCACCAUCAACAACCAGAGCCUGCUGGUGCGCAUCGAGAACGGCGUCCUGACGCUGGGGCCCGGCGCCGAGCAGCCCGCGGGCGCCGCGCCCCCCGCCGCCGCCAGCCCCGCCGAGCCGCCGGGCGGGCCGCGGCCGCGCUCGCCGCCGGCCUUCGCGUGCCCGGAGCCGCGCUGCGGAGAGGCCUUUCCCCGCAAGCAGCAGCUGCGGCUGCACCGGCUCUCGGCGCACGGCGGCGGCGAGGACGGGCGGGGCGGCGCGGCGCGGCCCUUCGGCUGCCCCGUGCCGGGCUGCGCCUGGUCCUUCGCCACGGCCUACAAGCUGCGGCGGCACCUGCACUCGCACGACAAGCUGCGGCCGUUCGCCUGCGCGGCGCCCGGCUGCACCAAGCGCUUCACCACCGUGUACAACCUACGGGCGCACAGCCGCGCCCACGAGCAGGAGGCGGCGCACAAGUGCGAGGCGUGCGGGCAGCGCUUCCCCAGCGCCGCCCGCCUCGCCGCCCACCGCCGCCGCAGCCACCUGGAGCCCGAGCGGCCCUUCCGCUGCGACUUCCCCGGCUGUGAGCGAACGUUUAUCACAGUGAGUGCAUUAUUCUCCCACAAUCGAGCGCACUUCAGAGAGCAAGAGCAGUUCUCCUGCUCAUUCCCUGGCUGUAACAAGCAGUAUGACAAGGCCUGCCGACUGAAAAUCCACAUGAGGAGUCACACAGGUGAAAGACCUUUUAUCUGUGACUUCGAAGGCUGUGGCUGGUCUUUUACCAGUAUGUCCAAACUUCUGAGGCAUAAAAGGAAACACGAAGAUGACAGGAGAUUCAUGUGCCCAGUAGAAGGCUGUGGGAAGUCCUUCACAAGAGCAGAACACUUGAAAGGCCACAGUAUAACUCACCUUGGUACAAAACCAUUUGAGUGUCCAGUAGAAGGCUGUUGUGCAAAAUUUUCAGCACGAAGUAGUUUGUAUAUUCACUCCAAGAAACAUCUUCAGGAUGUGGACUCGUUGAAGUCGCGGUGCCCCGUUUCCAGCUGUAAUAAACUGUUCACUUCCAAACACAGCAUGAAAACGCACAUGGUCAAGCAGCAUAACUUCAGCCCAGAUCUCCUAACUCAGCUGGAAGCAACCUGCUCCCUCACCCCCAGCAAUGAGCUCACUAGUCCAGGGCAGAGUGAUCUCAGCAACAUGGACCUCGUCUCCCUGUUUUCCAACGUGUCCAGUAACAACUCUGGAAUUGCAGCGGACAUGGCGCUGGUGAACUCUGGCAUCGUCACCAUCGACGUGGCCUCGGUGGGCUCCACGCUGGGGGGCAGCCUGCCUGUCAGUAACAGCUCCCUAAGCCAGGCCGUGGAUCCCUUGAUCCUGGUGGCCAGCAGUGACAUGCCCCAGAGCCUGGACAGUUCUCUCCUGCUGGGAACCAAUGCAACGGUUCUACAGCAAAGCACUUUAAAUUUGGAUGAUGUACAGACUGUCAAUGCCGAAGCCUUGGGUUCGCUGGCGUCUCUGUCAGUGAGGAAUUCCAGUCAGGAUGUGCACGGGCUGACAUGCAGCAAUAAUUUAACAAUGGACACAGCCACUUUGACUCCUUCCAGCAGCCUGGGCAGCACCAACGUGCCUGAGUUACUGACGCCAGUUAAAGCUGAACGGAAUUUGCUCCCCAGCUCGGAUGUGGUUGGUCAGCAGGAGGGCAGCAAAGUCGUGACACAGUUUGUGUUCUCCAACCCCCCAGGGAGUUACAGUGCACAGAAGGAAAUGGAUCUUGGCACAGUGACUGGCAGCUCGUUUUUGGAGAGCAGUGGGUCUGCGAGAACAGACUACAGAGCCAUUCAGCUGGCCAAGAAAAAGAAACAAAAAGGGAAUGGCAGCAGCACAGGGGCAUCUGGUUCUGGUCAGAGGAAAAACAAGGGUGGUAAAGUAAGCCCAACCAACUUUUCUUCCUCUACUCCUGGCAGUCGUAACAUAGUUCUGCCAAAUGGAGGGCUGACAAUAAGGGACCCUGCCACAGGAGCCCAGUAUGUGCAAAUUCAGCUUCUCCAGGAUGAGUCCCCAGGAGAGGGAGAUCUUCCCUUUCAGCUGAGCUCUCAGUCUUCCUCCUCACAUUCUCAGCUUACAGUGGAUUUACCUGUUUACAUACUUCAGGAACCACACAAUUCCACCGAAGAUGAUGCAGGUUCUGAUAACUCCCAGUUCACUGGAAGCACAAUAAAUUUACAGGAUCUGGAAUGAGGAUUAUUAAGAGCAGUUACUUGAAAACAAAUUGGGCAAUCAUGACAGAGUGAGAUUACUGUGUGGGUCUUUUUCCAAGGAAAAUAGGGAAAGUAGGAGAACUGAAGUAUGGUUGCACUCUUUGUGAUUUGCUUAAGACAGUUGCAGCUGAAAGAUUUUUCUUUAAAAAUGUAAAUCCCACUUGAUGUGCCUGUGUAAGAUACCCUGUCUGCCUGGUGGUUGGGAGGCUGAGGCAGACUGCUGUACAGUGUUGUUUCAGGGAGAAGUACUUUAUUACACUUCAAACUGAGGUAAUAUUUACUGUUUUCACAGGAAAGCAAGUAUUCUACAGCUAACAAAUGCAAAUUUAUAAUCCUGCCUGCGACAGUUAAAACUUUC